AUGGAUUUCGAAGCUAUGGAAUACAAAACCAGACAGAAGGGGCGGAAUACACUUACCUUUGAUAGGUUGAAGGAAAUGUGCGUGGAGAGACAUAUUGACUUCGGUGAUAAAAACAAAGCAGAGUUGAUUGAUCUUUUGAGUGAGUUUAUGGAGCUGAAAACCGGUGAUACAGUGGCGAUUUCUCAACCGGAAGUUACAUCUCAGCCGGAAGUAAACGUUCAAAUUAUGAAGAUGCUUAUUCAGAUGCAAGAAAUGCAGAUGCGAUGGCUAGAAAGAGGAGGAUCGAAUAGCGAAAGAAAAAGAAUUAAGAAGGCAAGAAGAACAAGAAAUGAAAAAAAAUUGAGAAAGAGUAGAGGUUCCUGUCAGAACAGAUGA